ACACUUACCGCAUUCUGACAGGCUUCAUCAUUCGAUGCCAUGAGUUGAGGAUCACUCCAAGCGUCGAUCUGUUCCUUCACCAUUACUGCUAUCAACCUUACUGGAUGACCGGGUACCUGAAACUGGUAGCUCGUUCUGAUCGUUAGCUGUUCACAGAGAAUCUUACCCCGUCGGCUGACUGGGAGGAACGUUUCUUGUUCGUUCGGGUAGGUGACUCUCUACCAUUCCCAGAUAGGUGGAACGCAUACCCCGUUCAAGACUCUCAGUCCAGGGUGGAUGCCGUUCUACGCUCCCAAGCUGAGUCUUUGCGGAUGGGAGGGACCCGAAGUCUUCGGAGUUUUAUCACUACUUCGAGCAUGUUAUCUGCUGGAAUCGGUGUGAUAUCUCCCAUACCCGUCUGGCGCUCUAUCUCUUCUGCUACCUUGACGGCUUCUUUCGGUAAAGGAAAGGAGAAAAUGAUAGCCGAUCGUGACUCGGCGAAGCAAACCCGUAAGUAGCGCAAAGGGAAUGAUGGCGAUCAACUGAUCCCGAUCGACCAUGUGGUUGAUUUGACCGGGCCGGAGGUUAAGCCCAAAAGAUUGGUGCCUGCCAACAAAUCAACUCCGCCUCUUACUGACACACCGAUCGAUGAUCGGAUGUUUGUCGAGUUUUCAAACAUGGGGCCCAGAUCAGAAAGGAGGUAUCUGUUCGGGUUGAUGCCAUCUUCUAUGUGGUGUCACACUGCAAUCAAGGUUCCCCCAAGCUUCACGAACCUGACCCACUGGUCGGAUCUUUUCGAAGCAGGUCACCAGGAAGCACUCAAGACUGGUGUAUACUAUCACAAGGCCUUUCUUGCAGCCGAGAAGGAAAUGAAAGCCCUGGCCAGCGAUUGGGAUGACGGUCAGGUCCUCCUUUCUGCCGCUCGGAAGUUAGCGGCCGAUCUCCAAGAGCAGGCCAAGGAGGGUGAGAAGGCAAAAGCUGCUCUGGCUGAGAUGCAGGAGAAAUCUCGUCGUCGCGACCGGGAGCUUAAAGAACUCCGGGCCAAGGUGCGAGCUGCCGAAUCUGCUGGUAUCAAAUUCGAUAAAACUGUUGGCGAUCAUCUGCCCGAACCUUACACGGUCAAUACUUCCCAGAUUGCUCAUCAAUCAAUAGUGGAUUUUCAACGGGGCAAGGGGCUGAACGUCGCUCUGGAGAACACGGCCCGGCAAUUCCUGGGUCCUCACCUUGGCCAAUUCUUGCGUGAGAGCGAAGAUCCCAUCAAAGCAGGGAUCGACCUCCUGGACAGCACGCCGGAAGGGAAAUCUUUCUUGGAUGUCCUGACCGAGAAAACUGUGAAGCAAAGUCAGGACCUGCUUCUGGACAGGAACCUUGAAUUGAUCCUAGAGCAUUUCCCCAAUCCGUUCGAUCCUGAUGAUUUAGGCUUUGACGAUCUGUUCGGGAAUACAUAUGAUCGCAUUAUGGAGAAAAGGUCCAAAGCAGCGCCUGAUGAUGCAGUGCAGGCAGGGAGCUCUCAGCCUCCCUCCUGCCCGAACAGCAAUCCUCCAGUAGCAUAGCCUUGCUGUAAUUUUUUGCUUCUUUAUUCUUCUUGUAUAUUCCGGCUAGUAAUGCCGAAGAAUAAACUGGACUUCUUUCCUUAUCUGUUGUCUUUUUUCUAUUCUUCCUUUGAUUUUUUGUUCACAAACUUUUCUAUGUGGCCGAACCUCACUCGGCUCAUGUAUCUUUAUGUCUGACACCUAUCCCGAACCCGUUUUGAUCCCUUUUCCGUCCGUGACGCACGGGUUCAAAACUCUUAGCUGGGGUGAAUUCCUCCAAGCCGUUUUGAUCGUGACCACAGGGUCAAACUCUCAGCUGGGACAGGGGCUCCCUCCAAACUGUUAACCUGUUCGACAUUCGGUCAUCUGGAAUGAUUUCACGUGUUAACAAGCUGAGGUGAGACUCUCUUCGCAAUUGUUCUGACACCUUUCCCGAACCCGUUUUGAUCCCUUUUUCCGUUCGUGACGCACGAGUUCAAAACUCUUAGCUGAGGUGAAUUCCUCCAAGCCGUUUUGAUCGUGACCACAGGAUCAAACUCUCGGCUGGGAUAGGGGCUCCCUCCAAACUGUUAACCCUUUCGUCAUUCGGUCAUCCAGAAUGAUUCCACACGUUAACAAGCUGAGGUGAGACUAUCUCCCUUCCAAACCCAUAAUUCCGAUGCAUUCCGAACUAUUCUCUCUGGCUCGUAUCAUCCAUAUUAGGGGUCUGAGGUAACCCUUUUCGAACUAUAAGCAAGAUCACCGAAUUGGGUCAUUCCUUACUUAUAGCUAAAAGGGCGACUCGCUUCCGAAUCAAGUUCAUGACUGAGGCGAGCUUUUUCAAAACCAUAGUUCCGAUUCCCCGGGCGACAAUCCGUACCUUAUCCGAACGUCGCUCGGUUAAUCCAUAUCUUACAGUCUUGACACCAUCUCCAAGCCGUUUUGAUCCCUUUGCCCGUACGUAAUUACAGGGUCGACUUUGGCCAAGUUGACGACUCAGCUCCCUCCAAACUGUUAACCCGUUCGUCAUUCGGUCAUCCGGAAUGAUUCUGCGUGUUAAAAAGAUGAGGUGAGAAUCACUGUCCUCGAACUUCAGGCCAUUUUGAUCCCUUCAUCAAUGCGUAAUUACAGAGUCAAAACUCUUGCUGAAAUAAUGGUUCCCUCCAAACUGCUAAUAUGUUCGUCAUUCGGUUUUCCAGAAUCGAUUCUCAUAUUAACCGCUGAGGUGAGACUAUCUGAGCGUCAAACUCCAAGCCGUUGGCUGAGAAUGACUUUCCUUCCAUGCUGUUAACUCGUUCGUCAUUCGGUCAUCCGGAAUGAUUGAGUUAACCACGGGCACCGAUUUUCUGAGCCUCAAUUCUUCAAGCCGUUUUUGAUCCCUUUAUUCUUUCAUAAAUCUAGGGUCAAAAACUCCCUUAACUGAGAAUUGAUUUUCCUUCCAUGCUGUUAACUCGUUCGUCAUUCGGUCAUCCGGAAUGAUUGAGUUAACCACGUGUAAGGAAUAAUUGUAUUUAGAUUUUGAUGAUGCUAGAUUAAUUAGGACUUUAGAGUACCCCUUUAGAAAUUAUGUAUUAGAAUUUUUCCUUUGUAAAGUUCUUAGAGUAAUCGACUUGACAGAAUGCCUUCAGAGCAGAAGACCUUCUGAGCAGAAGGGCUCCAAGAGCAGAAGAGCCUCGUAAGGCUUUAUUGAAACAGAGGACCUUUGGUUCUCUGCUCCAGAACAGAAGACCUCAGGGUCUCUGUUAGUCUUCACUCUGACAGAAACCCUUCUGGGUCUCUGUUGGAUACUCUCCCAACAGAAGUGCUCCAGACCUCCUCUGUUCUACUCUCAGAUAAAGACACCAGAAGGUCUGACACUUAGAAGAAUUUCACUGAACCGGGAAGUCAACUAAAAGAUUCCUUCAACGGCUAGGAGUAUGAAACGGAAAAGCUACAGUGCACGCAUUAAAUGCUCAUUUAAUGCACCCCAUGCUACGUAGAGUAAUUGCAGAUGAUUGGCCGCAAUGUCAGGAAUACUUUAUCCCAAAAUAGUAACCCGCCAACUUUACCGGGCUCUACUAGUCAAGUCAACUGAUCGUUCAUUUAAUGCAGUUGUCCUCCUACUCCUCCAACGGGAAGACAACCUCAGUAUAAAAGAUACACUACGAAGAACAACCGGAUAACUUUGCAACUUUUGCUACACAUUGCUACAACUCUUCAUACAAGAUAUUCAAACUCUGAAAAGCAAAAAGCCUCCUUGAGAUUCAAACUCAUUAUCUUCUACAAGAGAAGGCAGAAGUUGGAAAAAUACUUUUUCCAACUCAAGCAAAGUUCCAAGUGUUCUUCAACUCUUCAAGCUCAUCACAUACAAAUCUUUUGUAACGAAGCUAGUUGGAGGAACCCCUGUUUCAACAGAAACUCUUCUUGCUACAAGAAGGACGUCCAAGUAACUGGAGUAGUAAAGUGGUGAUACUUUCUGGAAGCUCAGUGAAAGGACCAGUCUUAAAGGAAGCCAGGCAGUGCAUCCCAGGAGACAUCUAGACUUGAAGAAGACGUGGAGUGCUUCUUAAGUGCUAGGACUAAGGCUUUGUAAACGGAAGUUUUUACAGCUUAGUGGAACAGUGGACUAGAGGAACAAGUUGUUCCUUGAACCACUAUAAAAAUUCCUGGUGUCGUUUACUUACUGCUUUAAUAUUUGCACUUAGAUAGAACUGUCUAACUCCUUGGACUUGGUAUCUGUGUUCAGCAGAACUUGUUCUACGAGUUAACAGAAGGCCUACUGCCUUUGCUUCUCUGAGGCUAAAUCAACAGAACUCCCUACCAGAACCCCAUCCGCUGCCAGUCUGUUCUGUCAACAGAACAU